CCAUUCAUACAUUGUGUAAAUAGAGAGAGAGAGAAUUGCAGGUCAAGAUAUAGGGUUUGCAUUCCCAUCUGGGUAGAUAGAAGUGUAGCUCAUCUUUUCGCCUAGCUAGCUAAGUCCGUACUGGUAAGAUAGAUAUGUUAAUUUCUUGCUAAGAUCUAAUUAAGUCCCAGCAUGGGGGAGGAGCUAGAAAAGAAGAGAUCGAGAAAGUAGAUGACAAAGUUCAUCUCUCAGCUAGCUCCCAAAGGGCUCUAAUCCCUAAUUAUUCCUUCUAGUGUUAAUUAAUUCGUACUAGCUUGGAGAAAGCAAAGGAAGAAGAAAUUAACCAGAAAGAUCGAUGGAGGGAAGCGGUGGCUCUGAGUGUUCAAAGAUAAGCCUCUCCAGCCAAAAUGAGGAGGGAAGCGAGAGCGGCGGGGAGAAUGAUGAUGAACGUAAGCCUAGAAAUGGAGGAAGCUCAAGCAACAGCACGGUGGAAGAGAGCGAGAAGAAGUCAUCGGUGCGUCCUUAUGUUAGAUCCAAGAUGCCUAGGCUCCGGUGGACUCCUGAUCUUCAUCUUCGUUUUAUUCAUGCUAUUGAAAAACUUGGUGGACAUGAUAUCUUAAUUCUUUCGGUGUAUAUAGGAGCCACACCAAAGAUGGUUCUUCAGCUGAUGAACAUCAAAGGGCUAAGUAUUGCACAUGUCAAGAGCCAUUUACAGAUGUACAGAAGCAAGAAGGUCGACGAUCCAGGCCAAGUAUUAGCCGAUCAUAGGCAUCUUGCGGAAAGUGGAGAUCGCAAUAUUUAUAACCUCAGCCAACUUCCCAUGCUUCAAGGGUAUAACCCCACCCACAAUUCCAAUUACCGAUUUGGAGAUGCUUCUUGGACGAGUGCUUAUGGAAACUUGUUGGGUUUUCCUGCCGGCCGUAGCUCAACCUCCGGUGGUGGAUUUUACGGCACGGUGGGCGACAGGUUCUUUGGUAGCAACUAUAGCGUUAAUAGGGCCAAUUACAAUUUCCGUACGGGAAGUUCUACUUUGGGUGAUCAACAAUCAGCUUGGAGAACCCAUGAAGUGAUCAAAGAUGGUUUAAAUUUGCAAUCACUUCACAAACAUGAAUCUUUGCACGCUCAACCCAGAUUAACUCCUACUGAUCAUGAUCAUCAUCUUAACCCUGUCACCCGUCUUCAAGCUGAAGUUGAUCAAGAGCGUAAUGUGGGUCCAGAUUUGAACAAAACAAGUAAUGUACAAGAGUGGAAGACAUUCAAAAGGAAGGCGUUGGAUUGCGAGCGGCUGGAUUUGGAUCUAUCUCUUAGGCUAACUUCGAGGAAUCAUGAAGUUGUUGAUAGUAAUCUCUCCCUCUCAAUGUACUCACAAUCAUCCUCCAGCCUUACCAGUUUGAAGGAAGGCCCCGACGAUAUUGCUAAGAAGCAAGAAAAAAGGACAAGUACUCUGGAUCUGACUAUAUGAAUGAGACAAUUCUAAGUGAGAUCUUGAGGUACUUGCCCGAAAUAAAUGCAUUUUAUGAUUGUCUUGAACCAUCAUACAAAUUAGUAGCUAGCCGCCAAUUUGUUUUUUGUUAUGUUUUAUAUACACUUGUCUCUUAGCUCAUUCUGCCUCGAGUACAUGCAGUAUAUAUCAACAGAUGUCCCUUACAUCUUAUGAUGCUUGGUUUUUGCUACAUGGGUAAAAGGUUAUAAAUA